AUGAUGCGAGGGGCUUCCAAGGCGAAUGGUGCAUCGAAUUAUGGCUUGAUAACACCAGAGAAAGCGGUGGGCGUGAUAUACCGUAGUUUCCGCGGGAGUCAGAGCUGGGUGCCAUCCAAGGCGCUGUCUAAAUGUCUAUCGAUACCUUACCAACACUUUCUCAUCGUGACAACGCCAAAAGACGAUCUUUCUAACUUGAUCUGGACAAGUGUAUUGGUGCUCGUCUACUGUGCGACUCACCUCGUGGACUACCACGAAAGCUGGUACGAAGUCGCAGAUGCGAGCACAGCGUGGCUACGACAACAACAGCAUUUCGUCGACCAGCGCGACGAUCUCGUGCGCAGUGCCUGUGAUCUGUUGGGUGUCGGAGAUCCCGAUCAGCUCCUCUCGACGCUUUUCACUUUAGUAAUGGAGACACCAGACCCCGCAACAGUAGAGGAAGACGCCCUGUUGCUGCGUGAAGGCUGGCAGCGAUGUUUCUUGAAUGAACCUCCAUACACGGCUUACUAUUGGAACGCCGAGACAAACCACAGCACGUGGCGCCAUCCACUGGAAACUGCACAAAUGCAACGAGAGCUCCAAGAGAAGAAAGAGAAACGCCAAGCUCUACUCGCUAAGGUACUUCCCAUGCGUCUGCCUAUUAACCGGGAUGCAAAACCGCCUACCGAAAUUCAAAUGUGCUCUGAAUGUGCUGCCCGUAAGAUUAAGCGAACUGCCAGUCCAUUUGGCAAAUGGUUUGCGCUUCCGAGAGUGUUUGGGUCGAGCGGGAUUUCCUAA